CGCAUUGACUGGCCCGCGCAAGAAGAGUGUCAAGAACGGGCUAGAAGAUUAUGCCACCCUCCUUACCUGGGAAAGGCCCCUUACCCUCGAGGGUUUGAGAAUAUUAUCUAGUGAAGAAAUCAUAAAGAAACUUGAUCCGCAUAUAAUUGGAUCGGUAGACUCACUUCGUGAAUCAAAUUCCAACAUUUCAACUUACUUAAAGUUUGUGGAUCGUGAAGAAAAGAUCAAACAGUUGAUGAAGAACAUGGAAAGAACAGCUGAAAAAGGGAAACCCACAUUUGCUCGACGAGCAUACGAUAAUCCAGAAGUUUAUUCUACUAUCGUGAAUUCUGAAGUUGUAAAGGCACGGAUGACUCAAGGAGGUUCUCAAGACUAUUGCAAGAUUAAUCGUGAAAAGAUAUUUCCUUUUUGUUGUAUUACUGGGACCCAUGCAAGUGAACUGUUUAAUGCAGUAAAGCCGAGCAAUUCAAGGACUGAAGAUAUACCUCUACCACUACUCAAACCCAAACAUGCCGAGGAAAUUAUAAUUGAGUUGGCCAAUCGGGGUACGAGAACAGAAGCAAUUUUUCUUGAGGCUAUGAUCUUCGAGAUGGGUGUUAUGGGUUAUGCUACUGCUUUCGGAGUAACCACACAUGUCCAUUCAACGGAUAGGCAGAUUAUGAGAAAAACUGGAAUGAAUUUGUUAAAAGCACCAGAAAUAAUAUUCUUGCUUACGGAUCCGCCAAUUCUCAUCCGAGGCAGGCAACAAAUAGUAAGUCACCAGAAGAUUAUUGAUGGUCAUUCACCGAAUAUUUUGGAGAAGGAUCUCGUGAAGAAAGAACAUGAUAAAUGUAAAAAAGUCGGAAAGCAUAUUUUUGUUCUUGUUACUGAUUCUAAAAAGUGUAUGAACGAGGUCUAUGAUGAAAAUGAGAUUGUAAUAACUGAAGAAGGAAAGAAGAAAAUAUUUGGAGAUCUAUUAACACUUAGAGCCUUGUAUUGCAUUGAACAGUCCUAG